AAAAAUGUUUAAGCUUUUCAUAUCUACUGCUGCUCUAAUUUGGGUAGCUUUGGCUUCCCCUUUAAAAGAAACUUGUACCGUCACCAGUUUCGAUGCAGUUAGUACCGCUGUAUCUAGUUGCUCCAACAUAGUGAUUCAAGGUAUUACCGUGCCAGCUAAUAAGACUUUGGCUUUAAACCUAACAGCUGGUACGACAUUAACGUUUGAAGGAACCAUUACUUUUGCACACUCAAACUGGAACGGUCCUUUAGUUCAAGUUUCAGGAAGCAAUGUCACUGUAAAAGGAGCUUCAGGAUCAGUACUUGAUGGGUUGGGUGCCCAAUACUGGGAUGGACUGGGAGAUAAUGGAGUAACUAAACCAAAAUUCUUUAGAAUUAAAACUACUGGAGGAUCACUACUCGAAAAUAUUAAUUUGCUGAACUGCCCAAUCCAGUGUGUCUCGAUUAACGGUGCAAGCAAUACUGUCUUAAAUAAGUGGACCAUCGAUGUUUCUGCUGGCGAUUCUGCUGGCGGUAAAAAUACAGAUGGAUUUGACGUUUCAGGCUCCUCAGACAUUACAGUUCAAAACACCGAAGUCAAAAAUCAAGAUGACUGUGUAGCUCUAAACCAAGGGUCAAAUAUGAUCUUCAAAAACUUGACAUGCAGUGGCGGUCAUGGACUUAGUUUAUCCGUAGGUCAAAGCUCCAAGAAUGGUAGUGCCAAUACACUCACUAACGUAACUUUCACCGACAGUAUCGUCUUGAACUCUAGAAAUGGGAUUCAUGUUAAAACCCAUACUGAUGCUGGCACUGGAUCUAUUGAUCUUGUUACUUAUCAAAACAUUCAAUUCUCAGGUAUUACACAUUAUGGAAUUAACGUCCAAGAAGAUUACAAAGGUGGAAAGUCAACAGGAAGUCCAACUAGUAAUAUACCAAUUACUAAUUUAAAUUUGCAAAAUGUUACUGGAAGCAUGAGCGGUGGUUCCAAUAGUAUGCCAGUUUUUAUUUUGUGUGGAAGCACAGGUUGUUCCAGCUGGACCUGGUCUACAGUAUCUAUAGCUAAUGGAACAAAAUCUAAUAGCUGUAAUUUUACGCCCUCUGGAUUUUCGUGCUAGAACGGUUAUUUAACCUUUAAAAUAAUUGUACAGGAUGUCUUUAGUAGCUGUGAGUUAAUAAAAGUUGGAAAAAGAAA